GCGUCAAUUACGCAGUUGUCAGCAGCACGCUCACCGGCGACUUGUUUGGAUCUGAAAUGAAUGCCGGAGUUCCGCUGAUUCUAACUGACAGCCGGAACUCAGGAUUUCCGCGAGGCUGAACCGCCACUCCGAGGGGGCAAAUUCCGGAUAGUUUCGUUACAACGCUUUCAGACGGUUCUGGUGUUUGGGCGGUUUUGAAAGAAGAGCGAGAAUGAGGGUGAGGACCGAGCACAUUCCCCGUCCGCCAGCCGGAAUAGGACGCUUUUUGUUUUGAGUUAAAUACCUAGCCUGUUAGCAUGGCAUGUUUAUCUUGACCCCGAUAACAACAUGAGUCGCUAUAUGUUAUAUACCCAGAUGUGAUUAUAUUUAUGAUGCAGUAAUGUAUAAUAGAGUUGUUGUAUUUUUGUAUUAGGGCGUAUGCGGUCGUAUUUGAGAAGGCUGGUCGCGUGUAGUUGAGGAUAGCUCGCUUAGCAAACGGUAAUGAGCAGCUUUACGGGUAAGACGCCUUUCCUGAGUCCACCGGAGAGCCCUGAAAACGGAGACGCCGUGGUGGAGAGCGCAGACUGGGGCCUUGUGGAUGAACGCUUCCCGUGCUCCUACGAUGAGUCGGAUGUGGAAAGGCGCCUGGGACUUCUCCAUAACCGGCAGGACGGAGCUAUGGCGCUGUGCUUGGACCAGGCGUACCGGAGCGGUUCCGAGUCCUACGUUGACUGCUCUCAGCUGGACUACAGUGAGAACAAUGGUAACACGAGUUCGCCGGAGAGCAGGAGAAAACACCGCUCCGGCGCUCCCCGGCCGCGCUUUGAGGUCGUGGCGGAACUCGGGCCGGAGGAAGUGCGCUGGUUUUAUAAGGAAGACAAAAAGACGUGGAAAGCUUUCGUCGGACACGACUCUCUGAGGAUCGAGCUCAUGUAUCGCAAACUGUGCGAACUGAAUCCACAGCUCGCGGUACCGGGUGGAGAGGAACUGGAGGAGCAUGCGGCAGCUGUGGCCUCGGUCCCGAGCUCGGAACAGCUCGAUGAGACAAACCUGGAGAUUAGUAUUGAGGCAGUGUGUGUCCGAGGAGGACUCUACGAGGUGGAUGUCCGAGAGAAAGAGUGCUAUCCUGUGUACUGGAAUCAGCAGGACCGCAUUCCUGUGAUGAGGGGACAGUGGUUUAUAGAUGGCACCUGGACCCCUAUGGAGGAUGAUGAGAGUGACCUCAUAGAGAAGGAGCACCUGACCUGCUUCCGGGGACAACAGAUGCAGGACACGUUAGAAAAUGAUGCGGUGGUCAAGACAGUGGAUAGCAAAGAUGCCAUCCACAGCUUAAAGCUGAGCCGCAGCCAUGUCGACUGGCACAGUGUUGAUGAAGUGUAUUUGUACAGCGAUGCCACCACCUCCAAGAUUGCCCGCACUGUCACUCAGAAGCUCGGCUUCUCGAAAGCCUCAAGCAGUGGUACCCGGCUUCAUAGAGGCUACGUGGAAGAGGCCUCUUUGGAAGAUAAACCCCCUCACACGACGCACAUUAUCUUUGUUGUGCAUGGCAUUGGACAGAAAAUGGAUAAAGACCGCAUUAUCAAGAACACUGGCAUGCUGCGAGAGGCUGUGCGGAAAAUGGAAGAGAAGCACUUUGCUGACCACACAGAGGAGCAUGUGGAGUUUCUACCAGUAGAGUGGCGCUCUAAACUGACCCUGGAUGGAGACACAGUCGACUCCAUUACGCCAGAUAAGGUGCGGGGGCUGAGAGACUUACUGAACAGCAGUGCCAUGGACAUCAUGUAUUACACAAGUCCCCUCUACAGAGAUGAGAUUACUAAAGGACUGACCCAGGAACUCAACAGGCUAUACUUGCUCUUCUGCUCUCGAAACCCAGAGUUUGAGCAGAAUGGGGGCAAAGUAUCCAUCAUUUCCCACUCGCUAGGAUGUGUGAUUGCGUACGACAUAAUGACAGGCUGGGACCCGAUGCGGUUUCGCAUGCAAGAGGAGCCUGAAGAUGAGGAGAUGCGGUGGAUGAGUUACAAAGAGCGCCAUCUGUUGGAACAGGUGCAACAUGCCAGACAAAGGUUACGAGAACUAGAGGAUCAGCUUCAGGGUCUGGAGGCUACUAAACCCCUAGCUGCUCCUGAAUUAAAGUUUAAGGUGGAAAACUACUUCUGCAUGGGCUCUCCCCUAGCUGUGUUUUUGGCCUUGCGUGGCAUUCGACCAGGUAACAGUGGAUACCAGGACCACAUCAUGCCGAAAUCCAUCUGCCAGCGCUUUUUUAAUAUCUUCCACCCAACCGACCCAGUGGCCUAUCGACUGGAGCCUCUUGUGUUGAAACACUACAACAACAUUGCACCGGUCCAAAUACACUGGUGCAACACCUCCAAUCCCACUCCAUAUGAUGAAAUGAAACCUAUAUUCCUGAACCCAGUGAAGGAUCCAGUUUCAGACACAGAGAGCCUCCCCAGUCCCAGUACAUCACCAGUAAUGUCCCGCCGUCUGUAUGGAGAUUCCAUCACCACGCUGGGCAAGGCCAGCAUACUGGGUGCCGCCAGCAUUGGAAAAGGAAUUGGAGGAAUGUUGUUCUCUCGUUUCUCACGCUCUAGUAGUCAACCAUCAGGAGUGGAUUCUGCAGCAGUGGAGGGUGAAGAGAAAAGCCAGUCGGCAUAUGGCCUUUCUACCAUGUCUCAGUCUACCUCCACCAUCAGUGAUACUGCAGUGGAGAUGGAGCACCGCAUUGACUUUGAACUGCGGGAAGGGUUGGUUGAAAGCCGUUACUGGUCAGCAGUCACCUCACACACAGCCUACUGGAACUCUCAUGAUGUGGCUCUGUUCCUGCUGACCUUCAUAUACAAAUCACAGAGCUCUUCUGAGACAUGCCAAGACAAUCCUGACCCUGAGUGACCCAAAACCAUUACCACACACAAAGACCCCCACAGAGAUCUAUCUUCUCCUGUAGAGAUAUGAAAACACUCAAGCACACUCCCUCUUUCAUUUUGCCUCAUAUAAAUGCUUCUUUGUCAUACAAA